CUGUCUGUUGAUAUCACAGCCCCGGAGAGGUUUGAAUCCAGUCGGCCGCCAUGCUGAGCUGAGAGAGAGAGAGAGAGCCACACAUAGACACACACACACAUACAUACACACACACGCACACUAAACUUUGUCACGCUGCUGCUGCUGCACGGACGCUCAUCUUCGUACACACCGGGCCAAAGAGAGGAAAAAUCCCCCCACGACUGGUGUUUUGACAUUAGCACCCGGGCCUCUCCCUCAACCAUUUCCAACUGUGUGAAGACGAGUGAAAAGAAGUUUUAAUGAAUCAGUAUUCGCUAGCCGACGCCAUGACAGACAACUUGAGGAUUUUAUAAUUCUCUCCGGAGGAAGAGCGUCGCAUCUUGUAAGGAGCCACAGAGGAAACUUCACAGUUCCGAAGUUAUCAGAGUCUAAUAUGGGAUUUGGUGUGCUGGGAGUGUUUCUGGGGCUGCUCCUAGAGGUCUCCACCCAUGGACCCCAUGCCGUGCCUCGAACCUCCUGGAGACACCAAGAUUUAGACCUGAUGGAGUUUUCGGAGCCUGGGAUCUUCAACUACUCCACGUUGUUGCUGAGUGAGAAAAAGGAUGCGCUGUAUGUGGGAGCCAGGGAGGCCAUCUUUGAGCUCAGCAAGAAGAAUGUGACAGUCAGAAACAACAAGGUUCAGUGGACAGUUGCAGAAAACCCCAUGACAAUGUGCAUGCUUAAAGGAAAAUCAAAAGAGAGGGAUUGUCUAAACUACAUCCGAGUGCUCCAAGUCAUAGACGACGAGCGGCUUUACGUCUGCGGCACACACGCCUUUCAACCUCAAUGUGACCACUUGAACCUCGCUGACUUCUCGUUGGACGGCCGACCUGAAGACGGCAGGGGAAAGUGCUCCUUUGACCCCUCACAAAGCUUUACGACUGUCAUGGUUGAUGGAGAGCUGUACUCAGGGACAGCUUAUAACUUCUUAGGCAGUGAACCAAUAAUUUCCAGAUACUCUCCAUCCCAGUCCCUCUUGAGGACAGAAUACUCUACAUCAUGGCUCAAUGAGCCCAGUUUUGUAUUUGCAGAUGUGAUCAGGGAGGGGACAAACAGAGUAGAUGGUGAGGACGAUAAAAUCUACUACUUCUUCACUGAGGUGUCAGUGGAGUAUGAAUUCUUUGGCAAGCUGCUCAUCCCCAGGGUGGCCCGCGUCUGUAAGGGUGACCUCGGGGGACAGCGCACUCUGCAGAAGAAAUGGACGUCGUUCCUGAAAGCUAAGCUGGUCUGCUCCAUGCCUGAGCUCAACUUUGUCUUCAAUGUCGUACAUGAUGUCUUCAUCCUGAAGGGUGCCGACUGGAAGGAGACAGUUAUCUACGGGGUCUUCACCUCCCAGUGGGGUAACGUAGGUUUGUCAGCAGUAUGUGCUUACAACAUGACAGCUGUGGAAGAAGUCUUCUCCAAGGGCAAGUACAUGCAGAAGGCCACAGUGGAGCAGUCCCACACCAAGUGGGUCCGAUACAACGGCAUCACUCCUUCUCCACGUCCUGGAGCAUGCAUUAACAAUCUGAUGCGACAGCAGAACAUUAGCAGCUCUCUCCACCUGCCAGACAAGACCCUUCAGUUUGUCAAGGACCACCCCCUGCUGGAGGAUCCCGUCCUGCCCAUUGGCAACGGGCCUCGCCUCAUCACCAAAGACGUCAACUACACUCAGAUUGUUGUGGAGAGGGUGCGUGCGCUCGAUAGGAACAUUUACGACGUCAUCUUCACUGGAACGGAUAAAGGAGUCCUGCACAAGUCAGUGUUGUUUGAAGGAGAAGUCCAUAUUGUGGAGGAGAUCCAACUCCUGAAGAACUCGGAGUCCAUCAAGAACCUGCUGUUGUCCUCGGAGACACAAUCAUUGUACGCCGGCUCAGACUCGGGUGUAGUCCAGUCGCCCACAGCCUUCUGUAGCAAGUAUCUAUCCUGCGCCGACUGUGUCCUGGCUCGUGACCCAUACUGCGCCUGGGACCCUAACACCGCUACCUGUGUCAACAUCUUUGACACUUCCAGCCAGCGGCAUAGGAGGUUAAUUCAGAGUCUGAAUGGUGACGCAGAUAAGUGUCCUUCAACAGCAUCUGGUCGGUCCCUGAGGGACUACCAGAGUGUGACAGUGAAACCGGGGAGCUCUGCAGAGCUGCCGUGCCUGGUACAAUCCAACCUAGCCCAGGUGAUGUGGAAAACCAACGGCUCGGUUCUCACUGAGGCCUCUCGCUUCCACCUCAUAGGGGAAAGUGGUCUCCUAAUUUACAGCGUGGCUCCGGAAGAUCAAGGUCACUACGAGUGCUGGUCAGUGGAAUGGGCCCCCGCCGCCGGGAAGAACUUCACCCGCCUCCUGGUUGCAUACGUCCUGACUUUGGAACUGCCGCCAAAACUCCCACACCAGGCAGGCCACGUAACAACCACCCUCGGCAUCCAGGAGACAUCUAGCACACACGCGGCUGAAGGUAAUGGUAAGACAGAAAGAGCCCCACUAACUUCGGCCCUCGCCCCUCCCAGCUUCACAGCCACAGUCCCAGUCACCUCCCCACCCCAAACUGACUCAUCACUAACCCCUCCACCCAGCAGCACAAUCAAGUUCCAGCCAAAGCACCACGUUCCCCCGAGCUCCAACGCUCCACACCCAGACAGCCUGGACCCAGCGGCUGAGUAUUUGCAGCACAACAACAGCACCGCCCUUCUCUUCCUCUUCCUCCUGUUUUUCGUCCUCUUCCUGGCCGCACUGGCAUACAACUGCUACAUGCAGUACCUUCCAGCCCCCUGCCUGCGGCUCCGAGCGGCCCUGCUGGGCAGUCACAAGAGCACCCAUCAGCCUGAGUAUCGGGCCUGUGAAGCAGGUCUAAUGGAAGCAUCCGCAACUGACAAAAUUAACAUGACGGAGCGACUGACGCAAAAUGGCAGCCAGGCCACUCAAAACCUCCGAGCGCUCCGUGACACCGGGUACGAGACCGAGCCGGAGUGCAGCAACGGUCAGGUCCCCCACACCUUCGGAGACGACAGCCAGGAGAAACCCUUCGAUGUGGACUGUGAUUCGCAGCCCAUCCAGUUUGCAGAUGCAGACGAACCUUACUGCUAGCCAGACGUUCUGCGUCUGUAAGCACAGAGACUGUUUUAUCGGCAAGAUCACACACUUGCUGCAUCUUCCCACGUUUUCCAAGUCUUAAGUGGUUUCCACCAUGUGAAAGUAUGUUUAGUGUACAGCAUCACAUGAAGUUUAAUCAUUAUAAGGCGAAAGUCAGGCGUCCCACUUGCAUGUAGAGAUUUAACUGCUGUCUGAUUUAGGACUUAUGAUGAUAAAGCAAAAACUGUAUUCGCAGAAGCUGCACCCUGUCAGCUUAGUCCAGCAGGAAAAGCUAUUUCUUAAAUUCCAAAUUGGAAACAUUGUUUACCAAAUUGGUAAGUUACCUUGAUGUUUUCCAAAUUGGAGUUGUGUUUUUGUACAACUUUGGUGAGAAAUAAUCUCUUGAAGCUUUUUUUUUUUUUUUCCCUUUCCCUUUAAGCAUAUUUGUAGGCUAUCGGACUUGGGUAAAUGCUUCAACGUUACAGUAAUUUCUCAGGGAAGAUUUGCUCGCUACAUCAUAGCCUGGCUUUGCUGUAUAGUGUUGCCAUCUGCGGCACCUGGUAUGUGGGCCUUUUUAAUCUCACCCAGUGAGGUGGCAGCGUCGGGUUUGAAGGUCAAACGGAGAGAAAAACAAGAAGAGCGAGGUGUUGCGUAUUAGAAAAAUGCUGGAAUAAUUGUUUUGGGGUUUUUUUGCUCCCUGUGAAGUCGACAUUCCUACAUGGCUACAGCUCUGAUGGUCCCGUGUAUUAACCUUUACUAGCCAUUCUUUCCUUACGUGGCCUGUUGGCAACAUAAAAAUUGUUCAGUAUGACAUGAUGCUUGAUAAUAUCAAUCAUCACUUGUUCUUUUUCUAAAACAGCCCUGGAAACAAUCUGAAGUUUUUUUGAUAUGUAUAAUUA